AUGGCCACGGAAAGCGCAGCUGCACGAACGAUCUCGCCGAAGCUGCAUCCGUGUUUUCCCGCCGCGAUUCCCCCUGCGAGCGCCGCUCACGGAACACCCCGGCGGGGAGGCGGAGGAGCGGAGGAGCGGCGAAGAGCCAGGCCAGGAAAGGACGCCCGAGUCCGGUUUGAUGCUGGCGUCAAAGAGUUUUUGGCCUUCGCCAGAGAAGAUUUCCUCAGGAAAUGGGAGAAUCCUGCACAGAACACAGCGAGUCUGGAGGACUUCGACCGGCUGAAGACUCUGGGCACGGGCUCAUUCGGUCGUGUGAUGCUGGUCAGACACCGAGAGAGCGGGCAGCACUACGCCAUGAAGAUCCUUAACAAACAGAAGGUUGUGAAGCUGAAGCAGAUUGAGCACACUCUCAACGAGAAGCGGAUACUGCAGGCCGUCAGCUUCCCCUUCUUAGUGCGGCUGGAAUACUCCUUCAAGGACAACACUAAUCUCUACAUGGUGAUGCAGUACGUCCAGGGAGGAGAGAUGUUUUCACACCUGCGUAGAAUCGGCAGAUUCAGUGAACCCCAUGCGCGGUUUUAUGCUUCACAGAUAGUUUUGACAUUUGAAUAUCUGCAUGCCCUCGACCUGAUCUACAGAGACCUUAAACCAGAGAACCUCCUCAUCGAUCAGCAGGGCUAUAUACAGGUGACAGACUUUGGCUUCGCGAAGCGGGUCAAGGGUCGCACAUGGACAUUGUGCGGCACCCCGGAGUAUCUGGCCCCAGAGAUCAUCCUCAGCAAGGGUUAUAAUAAGGCUGUGGACUGGUGGGCUCUGGGUGUGCUGAUGUACGAGAUGGCUGCCGGUUAUCCUCCGUUUUUUGCCGAUCAGCCCAUUCAGAUCUACGAAAAGAUUGUCUCAGGAAAGGUACGGUUCCCGUCACACUUCAGCUCCGACCUGAAGGACCUGUUGAGAAACCUGCUGCAGGUGGAUCUCACCAAACGCUACGGCAACCUUAAAAACGGCGUUAACGACAUCAAAGGACACAAGUGGUUCUCAACUACUGACUGGAUAGCCAUUUACCAGCGGAGGGUGGAGGCCCCGUUUGUGCCUAAAUGCAGAGGUCCCGGGGACACCAGCAACUUCGACGACUACGAGGAAGAAGAGAUCCGUGUGUCGUUCACGGAGAAGUGUGCGAAAGAAUUUGCCGAGUUCUAG